AUGCUGACUGCAGUGCUGCUGAGUUGUGCCCUGCUGCUGGCAAUGCCCGCCAUGCAGGGGGCCCAGAUGGGCUUGGCUCCCCUGGAGGGCAUCGGAAGGCCUGAUCAAGCCUUGUUCCCAGAGCUCCAAGGCCUGGGCCUGCAGCCCCCGCUGAAGAGGACAACGGCAGAACAGGCGGAAGAGGCUCUGCUGCAGGAGGCAGAGGCCAAGGCAUUGGCAGAGGUGCUAGAUCUGGAAGGACGCAAGACGCGCUCCCCGCGUCGCUGCGUAAGGCUGCACGAGUCCUGUCUGGGACACCAGGUACCAUGCUGCGACCCAUGUGCCACGUGCUACUGCCGUUUCUUCAACGCCUUCUGCUACUGCCGCAAGCUGGGCACUGCCACGAACCUCUGCAGCCGCACCUAGCUGGCUGACGUCGGGGUCGGGGCUGGGGCAAGGGAGCAA